CCUCCUUCCUCCUUGGAGAAAUUCAAAUGAAUGAUACGUUUUAGGGUUUUAGUUUUAGGGUUUAUGGGUUUGUGAUGGAUCCUCAGUCGCUGCUCUUCUCUGGAGUGCGAAUCGACAAGAAGCGAUUCUCAGCCGACAUCGCCCGAUUCGAGAAGAAGAGAAAAUCCGACUUCUCAAACGCAAAUGGAGACAAUGCUGGAGAGGAUCUAGAGCUAAAGGACAUUCCGUCGCUGAAGAAAAAACUUAAGAUACGUGCUGCCGGUGAUAAUGUUCCUCAGCCUCUCAGGAGUUUCCAGCAGCUUAGCUCGGAAUACGACUGUGAGCCAAAUUUGAUGAAAAACUUGGUGGAAGCCGGCUACAAGGAGCCAACACCAGUGCAAAGGCAAGUUAUUCCGGUUCUCCUUCAGGAACGCGAAUGUUUUGUCUGUGCUCCUACUGGUUCUGGCAAAUCUUUGGCAUUCAUUCUGCCGAUCUUAAUGAAACUGAAGAAGUCGAGCCCAGAUGGUAUCAGAGCAGUGAUCCUGUGUCCUACACGCGAGUUGGCGGCACAGCUUAUCACGGAAUGUAGGAGGCUAGCAAAUGGCAGUAAGAUCCGUGCGAGAUUGCUGACAAAAAGGCUUUUUAAGAACCCGGAUUUUGCUAGCCUUCGCUGUGAUAUUCUAGUAUCAACGCCUUUACGCCUGGAUAAGCUUGUCAAGUCGGAAAAAAUCGAUUUAAAACGUGUCGAGUAUUUUAUCCUGGAUGAAUCCGACAAGCUUUUUGAGCUUGGAUUUAUGCAGCAAAUCGAUUCUAUCGUGAGCGCCUGCACCCGGACAAACAUUGUGAGAGCAUUAUUCAGUGCAACACUGCCUGAGACAGUGGAGGAACUUGCAAGAACCAUUAUGCACGAUGCCAUUCGUAUCGUGAUCGGAGAAAGGAAUUCAGCUUCUGAGACAGUCCAGCAGAAGCUCAUGUAUGCUGGUAACGAGGAAGGCAAGUUGUUAGCCUUGAAACAAUUCUUCAAGGAGGGGCUUUCACCACCGAUCAUACUCUUCGUGCAAUGCAAGGAACGGGCAAAACAGCUUCAUAAAGCUUUGUUGUCAGAGAAGCUUAGAGUGGACAGUAUUCAUGCCGAUCGCACGCAAACACAGCGUGAGAUUGCUGUCCUCAACUUUCGAACUGGCAAGACAUGGAUUCUCAUAGCAACAGAUCUAAUGGCACGAGGAAUGGAUUUCAAGGGCGUGAACUGGGUCAUAAACUACGAUGUUCCCCAGGAUACAACAGUGUACAUUCAUCGCAUAGGACGCAGUGGUCGAGCUGGCCGGCCAGGAAAUGCUUUGACAUUGUAUGCCGAGGAAGACGUUCCACUGCUGCGGUCUAUCGCCAACGUCAUGAAAGCUUCUGGCUGUGAUGUGCCCGAGUGGAUGCUUUCCUUGCCCAAGAUUCGCAAAAGGAACCAGAAGCGUAUCCGGCGACAACCAGUGGGAGCUAGCGCGUGAAGACUCGAAAACAUCGAGAAGUCACCUGGUUGAGAGUACCACUGAGGCAACAACAGCCUGCAGAACAAAGAUUCUCGCAGCGUGUACCGCACAAACUGGACUGGCCUCGGAAGUCUUGCUCAAGCUCCUCAAAAGAGAUUAGCAUAUUCACAGGUCUUAAAUGUGACGAGUUGCUCACUCCAAUAAGCUCGCGCACCAACAAGUGCUCAAAGGCCCACUGCGAAACUUUUUAGGAAAUUGAAAACCUUCCUUUUCCAGUGAUACUCAAUCUAUCAUUAGCGAGCAAUUUCAGGGGCUACCGGGCUACCAGCAAGUGAGAAAAUUGUCGGGGAAUGUUUUGGUGUUGUUGACUUCGUGAUAUUGUAAGAAGUCCAACAGAUUCCGAAAGCUACAUAUAAAGAAUUUUACUUA